CCCUCAUCUCGACAGAUAGAAGUGAGGAGUUUGUCUUUUCCAUCCAAUUAAUCAACAAGCGAAGACCACCACUCCCGUCAAUCCUCGAAGAUUGCCAUGCCUCUAUCGGAAGAAAUGUAUCGAUCGCGCGACCCUUUCAACUCGGUUGUUGACUGGGACUCAAAAAAGCCUUGGACAAUCCUCUAGGCUUCUGAGCAGAGGCAAAGAGAGCUUCUUCUUGCGCCUUGAACAUUUUAUACGAGGAACGAUGGGAAAACAGGAGAUUUAGGUUUGCUUUACCAAAGCAAACUACUUCCUGCAUCCCAAGCUUCCAUGCAAAGCCCGGGUCAGCAAUGCCGCACGAUCCUCGACCUAGAACUCACAUCGUGGACCUGCGCUGGUCGGAAAUCCUUCCCUUCCUCCAAAUUUUUCGAAAGUCGUGCAAUGUCUAUCUUCGGUGACAAAACGCUACAUUUCAAAUGUACUCAUGUCUUUUGUUGGAUAUCGUUUCCUACCCAAUUUUACGAACAAUGUUGGGACGUCGCUGAUGCAAACGAAAUCGACCUAUUUCUCGAGAGUCUUGGGCGCGAUGGCAUAAAGGAAGUCCAAGGGCUUGUAACGCGUCGAAGGAUGUGCAGAUACAAAUAUUCUCGGGGCAAAGUGUAGUAACAUACAGACAUAUGUGCACAAGGCUGGUUAUGCUGAUUUGGACUGGACAUAUCGUAUAAUUGGAGGGUAUUUGUAAGCGAAGGACGUCGAAGAAUUGCAUCAUAAACUCAAUUUAAGCUUCCGAGCUCCUGCCGUAAAGAGGAAAAGCAUACAUCGAGGAGGGGUUGCCUGGUGCAUUUACUCUGGAAAACAAUCUACCACUCUGUUCUGUCUGGUGGUUUUCUUCAUCUGAAGCCAAUGGCGUUAAGGUCGGUAUGUGUUAAAGAUAGCUAUUCCCGGACAAGUUGGUAUGACGGAUGGCUGUCCUACUUUUAGGUCUGCACAACCGGACUCAUCAGUUUAAUUCCAUAUUUCCUGCCUUCCCUUUAAAGUCGGUUAUGAUGAAUAAAGCCAGCAACCUCGCUGCCUCGGUCCCGAUGAGAUUUCGUGGCCUUGUCUCACGUCCACCUGCGUCUGUAUCUCGUUCUGGGAUCCUUCUGCAGCUUAGUAGCUGAUGUGUUACACGCGAGAAACCCAGCACAGACGGUGUCAUUUCAAUAUUGCUAUGCCGCAUUUCUUCCCUUCCCUCUAUCUCCAUGUUCUGAGAGUCCUAGCCGUUGGGCAUAUAUUUACAAGACUACAUCGAUAUACUUUUUUUUUGGAUCUUUACUGCAACUCAAUUACUUUCAGACACAAGAAAGCAUGGCGAUAGUUAAACAUUCUAACAUGUUAGUAGGUUUUUAUGUUCAAAUACAAUAAUUUCGUUGGUCGCGUGUAAGACUUGUCAAGAGAUCAAGAGAUCUUUCUUAUGGCGACAGCGAUAAAUUAAGUCAACAAGGCGAUUGGUCUUUUACAUGCUGCUCUGUGCAUAACUAGUUAAGGGUGGCCCGUUUCUUUUCACCUCCAAUUGUUUAUAAACGUGGACAACCAGUUCGCCUUUUCCAAUACUCACUUCCAAAGAAGAGGAAGCAGCGACCAAGGCAAUCAAGCACAGUUUCCCUGUUGGGACGAUAAAAAGGGGCAGUGACUCGAGUACGACUUCCUACAUCCUCAGGCAAUCAUACUCAGUCGGUAUGCAGUCGGUGAUGAUUGAGCAGGGGGGUUUUCAGCCUUGUGGGCUUGGAAUGCUGGCUUACAUGUUUGUGCGAGCGUCUCACCAAAACGCAAUUGGACAUCCCCAUUGCCAUGGUGAUACUUAAGCGAGCCAGCCACCCUUUGUGCUCCCCAUUAUGGCCCUGUUGGCGACCACGAAAUAUUGAAAGCAUAUUAAGUACGACCUCAUCUCGUUCAGCUAAUGCCGGUAGCUCCGAUACGUGAUUUUACGGCCACAGGUGUAUAUCACAGCCUUGCUUAUGGUCAGAUAUGAUGACUCUCAGCAGGGCGGAACCUACACAGUGGCGCAUCGUAUCUCAGCUCAAUGUAUAUGAAUAACGCCACGUCACAAGGCCUACUGAAACAUGAUUUUAUAUGUAUAUAGGCCCAUCCAUGACCUCUCAAUUGAUGGCAGUUUCUGUGCAACAAGAAUAUUCAACAAAAUGGGCUCCAUUUUGUCAACCUUGAAAGGAUGGAUUACUUCCAGGGGCAACAGUGUCAUUACGACUAACCAGAUGGUGACCAUCGCCGGUCUCACUGGUCAACAAUUCAAUAUUGACGCCUCUGAAUACCCACAGCGUCAAUACCAGUAUGCGUAUUCAAGCUAUAUCAAAGACAACAGAAUCAAACCAGCACUCAUCGUUUAUCCACUAGACAAAAAAGACAUCGCUACAACUAUUCUCUACGCCAAGUCGCAAAAGAUUGCCGUAGCCAUCCGAACAGGAGGCCAUCAAUACUCCGGUGCUUCUUCGACCAUUGCUCCUAACAUUCAAAUCGAUCUCAGGAACACGUAAGUACCUUUCCUGGUCCAAGUACCUAGGACUGACUCGUAUUAACGUUUUUAGGUUCCGCGGUCCAGAUGAUCGUCGAAUAUUCAGAUCUGAUAACCAGACCUAUGUACGAACCAGCGUAUCUUGGGCACUUGGAGAAUUCAACGAGUAUAUGGGAAAGAACAAACUUUUCGUCCCACAUGGACAAUGUGUGAAUGUUCAUCUGGGUGGCCAUGUACAGACCGGAGGCUACGGGCAGCUAGGUCGUAGUUUUGGCUUGUUUGGAGACCAAGUUAUCGGUGUGGAAAUUGUCGACCAUGAAGGAAAUUUCAAAGAAGUCACACUCAAAAACGACCCUGAUCUUUUCUACGCUCUUAUAGGUGGAAGUCCAGGAAAUCUUGGUGUCAUCACACAUUUCACCAUCAAAGCCUAUCGUGACGAAGAUUACGUUGGAUCCAGGGGUCUCAAAUCCAUCUAUCUCUACAACCCACAAAUCCUCACGCGACUCUUGAAUCAGCUGGUUGAGAUGUCAGAUAAUGAGAAUUUCCCUGGAAACUACGACUUCUGUAUCUCAGUGCUUUCAUCAUCUUUCGGAUUACUCGAUUGGUUCCCCGAAGCAGAUGGGAAAAUGAGAGAGGAACAUCCCGAAAUUUUCGGCAAGGAUGGAAUACCCCUCUGGCCACGUUCCAUCAUUGUCUACGCACAAUGGGUCCCAUUAUCCAAAGAAGACAAGCCAGAUAUGGCGUGGUUCGAUCGUAUACGAGAAGGGUCACUUUUCAACCUUCCAGCUAAGACAAAACCUAUGUCCGAGCUCACAGCCCAAUGGAUCUUCCGCAACGUCCGUGAAUUUGACCAUCCAUACGUGAAGAGCACCCAGGUCACAGACUCUAAGACUCUCGCCCAAGAUGGCUGGGUAGACUGGAUUGUCGAACGGCUCGACGGGAUCAUCAAACCCGAGGCCAACAAACUCUGGGUCUCGGCACAAUUCCAGAAUUUUGGCGGAAAGAACUCCGCUUUCACCAAGAACGCGAAUAAUGGAACGUCUCAUAGUUUCAGAGACAGCACCAUUUGUGCAACUGUGGAUUGUUUCUAUGAUAAGGGCCACAAGCAGGUUGCCGAAGAUUGGCAUGAUGUAAAUAUGGCGGAGGGAAUAGGUGCCAAUGGGAAGUUUUGCAAGCAGGAUAAGAGGGUACUUUGGGGAAGCCAUGGUGAGUAUGAUUUGGAUAAAGUCUGGAACUGCUACUACGACAGCAGAGAAAAGUAUGAAAGAUUGAAGAAAUCAAGGGCUUUGGCGGAUCCGGAUGGAGUUUUUACGGCAAACACUUUCUCUGUAAAGAGGAAUUGAAGAAAAUUGUUUCUGUGGUAUUAGCGCUUGAGCAUUAUGAGUCUUUGUCGAGGAAUGAUGGUUUUGAUAUGAUAUAGGCUAAGGACCAAUUCUGUCCAAGUUAUAUCAAAUUAAUACUUAGGAGCAGCUAUGUGGUGAAAUUAAUUUAGAUACGGCUCAGGCAUUGCUAGCCUCCCAUAUAUUAAACACAUGACUAUCA